UCCGGACAUGGGGCUGCGGUCGGAAAGGAUAACUGGAUCGUGCUGGUGCAUGGUGGGUUGGAGGGAGAACGCGUUCGGGUGAAGAUAUAUCGAGAUGGGGCUGGAUUUUCGAUGGCGGACCUGUUAGAAGUGCUCGAAACAAGUCCUAUACGGGUGGAACCACGAUGCAAACACUUCAAGGAAUGUUCGGUGUGCACCUUUCAGCAUGUGACCUACGAAGAACAAUUGCGGCGGAAGCAUGGAGUGGUGAAGCGGGCAUUCGAUUCCCUGUGGAAGCCGCCGACCAUCAUCGACGCCGACGGGAAUGCAAAGCCAGUCGACACAGACGCGCCUGUGAAGGUUGUUAAAGUGCAGGACGUGAUACCUUCGCCUUUGCAGUAUGGUUACAGGACGAAGAUGACUCCGCACUACCCUCGACGAGCCGCAUAUCAGCCACUCGAGAAAAUCGGCUUCAACGGACGGGGGAGUAAAUCCGUUGUUGACAUUGAGGAGUGUCCGAUCGUGACGAAGGAGAUCGAGGAUGACUUCAAGGCUCUAAGACGAGAGCUGAUCGGUUCCACCAGCCCAGGGUUUGCCAACGGCUCAACCUUAUCGUUCAGGCAUUCUCUGGUACUACCUAAACUCCACCCUGUGCAGCAGUAUUCGGGAGACCUGGUAGAUUGUGUCAACAACGUCAAGUUUACCUUCCCAGCGCACAGCUUUUUCCAAAACAAUUCCUCCAUAUUACCGGAAAUGACGACGUACAUUCGCAAAUGCCUGCGCGAUACGAUAUCCGCUUUCGGCGUGAAUGUGCUCGUGGACGCAUAUUGCGGAUCGGGGCUGUUUGCGCUCUCCUGCGCCCCCGAUUUCGAGAAGGUCGUUGGCAUCGAGAUCGACAGCAAAGCUCUCGACGCAGCAUCAAAAAAUGCGCUGAACAACAGCAUCGGAAAUGCGAUAUUCAUCAAGGGGUCAGCCGAACGCAUCUACGAUGAAGCAUUUGAACCGGAAGCACAUCACACAGCCGUCAUCAUGGACCCACCAUCCAAAGGCGCCGGGGAGGACUUCAUGCAGCAGUUGAGGCAAUUCAACCCGAAAGUGAUCGUCUAUGUCAGUUGCAAUGUGCACUCGCAAACGAGAGACUUGGCUUCGCUUUUAAGAAGACCCGCGGGGCAUUUGAGAAGCAUCAUACGAUCCGAACCGAAAUUGUACGAUAUUAUACAUGUGCAGCCUUUCGACAUGUUCCCGCAAACGGCGCAAGUGGAGAACAUCGCUAUACUAGUGCGCCGCGACUGA